UGGUUGUCAGCCCUUCGGCCCUGUCUCAGGUCAGCAGUGAUCAUUUAGUUUUUUUUUUUUUUUUAGAUAUGUCAAGAACUAGUCGGAUCGUAAAGGACUCGGAGGUUGGCCAUCGUGAUGUGUUUUGUGGUGCGCGAGAUCGAGGCGGGUGUCCGUGCCAGCGUGAGGCUGCUGUUAGACACGAGCACAGCGAGCAGAAUGAUUUCAGGGGAAGAGAAAGACCACACAGUCAUUCUGUAGCUGAGCCACAAACUGCAGCAGGACCUGCGCCAGAGGCUGCUUUGGUGGACGACUGCGAGAAGCUGGGCACACUUUUCGGGGAGCUCAAUAAGUGUUUGAGGGGCAUUGGUUUCACCCAGCUCUACUUCGGAGAGAAGAUCGUGGAGCCUGUAGUCGUGCUGGUGUUCUGGAUGCUGCUCUGGUUCCUGGGUAUCCAAGCCCUCGGUCUUGUGGGAACUCUGUGCAUUAUUAUCAUUUAUAUCCAGAAAUAAGAGAUGUGAAGCUGGACAGACACAUGAAGGUUAAUUUUCCACUCACAGCCGGUGCCAGUGAAAGAGGAGAGACUCCUUUCUAUGAAAGAUGAGCUACGUGAAUGUUAUUUGUAAGUUUUACCUUGUCCCUAUAGUUGGGUCUGUGUCAUUAGCCUUCUUUUUAUGUGGGUAUGUACAAGAGGGUGAGUAAAUGAAGAUAAUCAGAGGAUUUACUUUAAGUACUGGAAUGAUUCCUGCAGUCUAAUGUGAACUGUGUAUUGGCUGUGAAAGGUACUUGUGAAAAGCAUGCUUCCUUUCAAUAUUUGCAUUGAAACAAUGGUGCAUAUUGAUAUGCAGACUAUCAAAGGACAAAUAGCAUUUAUAUAUCCAGAUUCUAGGUAAAGUAGUACAUAUCAGUUAUACUGUCAUUGCCGUUGUUGAAUGUAUUGGUUUUAUUCGCCCAGGUGUCAGUCCUGCAAUUGCACUAGAGGGCAACCUUCCUCGUUUUCCCCUAAAAAUUUCUUGAGAAAUAUAACGGAAUAAUAAUCAUUCUGUGUUCAAACUUGAAUGUGUUUAUACUACUGCAUGUGAAUGGUUUGGGGCUGUUGGGAUAACUUUGGGUCGCCUCUGAAAGUAUGAAUGAAAUAAAAUGCUCUUAUAGUCUUAGCAGAGGAAGAAACUAUUAAAGUCAAACCUUUUAUGAUGAAAGUUCUAUAUUAUGCACUGUAAAUUCAUAUUUGGUAUUUUUAUGAGUUGAUUUUACUGUAAUCUGCCCAUGUUGCCUGUUCUUUUCAUAUAUUCAUGUUGCAAUAUCAGUAUAAAAAAAAAUCAAAAGGGUAAUUUCAUUCAGGGAAAUAUUUAGUAUGCAAAUUUUGCUACAGUAGAAUGUUGAAUUAGCUAUAUUCAGGAUCAGGAGUAUGAAAAGGUCUGUUUUUAGUGUACUUUAAGCGGUUUCUUUAUGAAUUAUUACAUGUAAAAAGUUAUUGAA